GUGCACUGUGUCCCUCGGACACAGCGGAUCACUGAUCAGCAGAAAGAGCCGAAGAUGUUGGCUCGGUCAUGUGAUCAGCUGUGUCCAAUCACAGCUGAUCACAUGGGACAUCUACACUGAUCAUCGGGGCAUGAUCAGUGCCCUGAUGAUCAGUAUAGCCCCAUCAGUGCCACCUGUCAGUGUCCAUUAAUGUCACCUGUCAGUGUCUGUCAAUGCCACCUGUCAGUGCAAAUCAAUGCACAUCAAUGCCACAUAUCAGUGCCAAUCAAUGCCACAUAUCAGUGCCAAUCAAUGCCACAUAUCAGUGCCUUCCAGUGCACAUAAAUGCCACAUAUCAGUGCCCAUCUGAGCUGCCUAUCAGUUCUAGUCAG